AUGUUUGACAUCGUCCACCUCCCAGAAGCCUUGAAGGUGGCUGUACUCGACCAGCUCGGAAUUGAUGAAUUGCAAGAGCUUCAGCUCGUCAACAGAGAAUUCAGGAAUGCCGUGAAUGGUCGUGGGUUGAUGCCGCGGAGAGCGAAAUAUAUCCGUGUAUUUGCUCGUGUUCCAGGUUCCGAUCAAAAUGAUUUUGCCGAUGUUGGGGAAAGCCGGCAGAUCUGUGUGCACGAGACCGAGUUGCUGAUUAAAGAUCGGGAUGACGUCUUCUACCGCGUUGAUAGCUAUCGAAACUCCAUUCUCUACGACGACGACGACUACGAGUUGGCCGAUGACGUGCCAUUCCGUUGUGCCGUCAAACUGUUGUCAAAUAUUCGCUCAAUAAAAGACCUGGAGAUGGACGCGUCGACAGAUUAUGAGAUGAAUGAUUUCAAAAGGCUUGUCGAGAGCUGUGCCGGACGGACGGUGGAAUGCCUGAAGGAGACUGACCCGGAUGCGGAACUGUGCCGAAAAUGGAUGCCGUCCAAUUAUCAUCCCGCUAGCGCCGUAAAUCGCCAUCUCCGCGUGUUCGCCGAUAGAAAAUGGUUCGUGGCUGAAUUUGCAAUCGAGAAGGGCGUCACUUGGACGAGGCUGUAUUUUUAUAUUUUUGACAAAUGUUAUGCGAAUUUUAUCGCAAAU